CGUGCAGGGCGGCGGCUCGGCCGUCAUCGACAUGGAGAACAUGGACGACACGUCGGGCUCGAGCUUCGAGGACAUGGGCGAGAUGCACCAGCGCAUGAAGGAGGAGGAGGAGGAGGAGGAGGGCGAGGCGGGCGGCGCCGAGGACGAGGAGGGCGAGUUCCUGGGCGUGAAGGGGCUGCGCGGGCAGCUGGGCCGGCAGGUGGCCGACCAGGUGUGGCAGGCGGGCAAGCGGCAGGCGAGCAGGGCCUUCAGCCUCUACGCCAACAUCGACAUCCUGCGGCCCUACUUCGACGUGGAGCCCGCGCAAGUGCGCGCCAGGCUGCUCGAGUCCAUGAUCCCCGUGAAGAUGGUGAACUUCCCGCAGAAAAUCGCCGGUGAGCUCUAYGGGCCCCUCAUGCUGGUUUUCACGCUGGUGGCCAUCCUCCUGCACGGGAUGAAGACUUCGGACACCAUCAUUCGGGAAGGCACGCURAUGGGCACAGCCAUUGGCACCUGCUUCGGUUACUGGUUGGGCGUCUCCUCCUUCAUCUACUUCCUGGCCUACCUGUGCAACGCCCAAAUCACGAUGGUGCAGAUGCUGUCGCUCUUGGGCUAUGGUCUCUUUGGACACUGCAUCACCCUCUUUGUCACCUAUAAUAUCCACUUCCACUCCCUCUUCUACAUCUUCUGGUUAGGUGUUGGUGGACUGUCUACACUACGAAUGGUUGCUGUGCUGGUGUCGCGCACCGUGGGGCACACUCAGAGGCUCGUGCUGUGCGGGACCCUUGCUGCUCUGCACAUGCUCUUCCUCCUCUACCUGCACUUUGCUUAUCACAAGGUGGUAGAAGGUAUCCUGGACACAUUGGAAGGACCCAACAUGCCACCUUUUCAGAGAGUUGCCAGAGACAUUCCAGUUGUUUCCAAUGCUCUACUGAACACAACAGCCAAGGCUGCAGCAUUGACCCUGUAGUUCCACAAACCUGGACUUGCUUCCUUCACUCCUUUCGGGGCUGUAUAGGGCAGCAUUACCUGCUGUCUCCUAGGAAGAGGACAGAACAACAGGAGUAGGACUUGCUWUCCUGGACUUCUCUUCUGGGUGCCAGUUUUGGGCAGCGGAGCGGACAGCUCUUCAGUGACUCRGAAGAACCAGGCUCUCCCCUUGCCCAGGCCUGGGCUAUUUGGGGCAGAGCAGUCUUGUUACUUGUGUGCUUAGCUGGGAAUUCCCAGCU